AGACAGCCUUAAGCUGGUUCCUGCCUCUCUGCUGGGCUCACUCCACAGCAGCAGCCAUGACGCCCAUAGCCAAGUCCUUUUACGACCUCAGUGCUAUCACCCUGCAAGGGGAGAAAGUGGAUUUCAACAACUUCCGCGGCCGGGUGGUCCUGAUCGAGAAUGUGGCUUCACUCUGAGGCACGACGGUGCGGGAUUACACCCAGCUCAACCAGCUGCAGGCCAGGUACCCCCGGCGGCUGGUUGUGCUGGGCUUUCCUUGCAACCAGUUUGGCUACCAGGAGAACUGCACCAAUGAGGAGAUCCUGAACAGCCUGAAGUAUGUGCGCCCAGGUGGAGGCUUUGAGCCCAACUUCACCCUCCUUCAGAAAUGCCAGGUGAAUGGGCAGGACACCCACCCAGUCUUCGCUUACUUGAAGGCUCACCUACCUGCCCCCGUCGAUAACCCCGCCGCCCUCAUGACAGACCCACGGUUCCUGGUGUGGAGCCCCGUGCAACGCGCAGACGUGACCUGGAACUUUGAGAAGUUCCUGGUGGGGCCCGAGGGCGAGCCGUUCAAGCGCUACAGCCCCAAGUUCCAGACCAGCCACGUGGAGCCUGACAUCCAGCGCCUCCUCAAGCUUGCCAAGUAGGGGGCUUGGCAGGGCAGGAAGGGAGCAGGUGGGGUCCAGCUGCCCCUGCUAGAGGGGCUAGCGCCAGCCCUCCCUAGCUCUCAUCUCAGCAUGCAGUGUGCCCCCUGCCAGGGCUGACAGCAGCCUUUUACUGGGUGACGGCCCCCUUCAUAAACGCCUUGGGGAAGGGGGCCUGAAUGGGGUGAAGGGCCUGCGUGCCUAGCUCUCUGCCUGCCAGCGGGGCACCUUGUGCAAUGCUGAGUCCAAUAAAUGAGCUGGAAAUUA